UAGUAUGCCUUAUUUCGAUUGUCUCAGACCCAGAAAGCAGAUACUUCUCGCAGCCUUCGAGGUGAUAGCCAGUUUAUCAGCAUGUAAUCAAUAAAAAGCAAUAAAUCACAUGUAACUGCUGAUAAGCUAAGGCUAAAAUUUCAUUAACGUAGGAUUUAAUCUAAAAACACAUUUUAGUGUAUUCUAUUUUUCUUUCUGAACAUCCUUUAUAAUUUACAAGGAAAAUGGUCUUUAAGAUGUCUUUUAAUAUGACAUUUUUUUGAUAAUGAAUGCAGUGCAAAUCUACAUUUUUGUUUUUUUGAAAGGUGAUACUACUGUUUAGCAGUAACCAUUCUACUGCUACAGAUGAACUAGACGGCAGCAAGCAUCUGUCAGAGAUAAUUAGAUAGCUGCUGUGCUUAAUGACCAUUUUAUCGGUCUCUGGCCAGUAAAUCAAAUGCAUCAUUAUGUAUAACAAUAUCCAGCUUAUCAAAACUACUAAUUAAAAAAAAACAAAAAAAUCUACACUGAAAACAUUUUAUAGUUUUAAAUAAUAUAAGAAUCAUUGAUUACAUCUUUCAGCUGCUAUAAACUGCAGUAAAUAAAACAGGAAUAGGAGUAUUUCUUCACUACCUGCCUAAGUAAAACAAUUUAUUUUUAACGUAUAUGAAAUACACUAUGUUCACUUUUUAUGUCUCAGGUCGAGGUGUUUUUGCGAAAAAAAAUAUCAGAAAUGGAAAAUUCCUUGCGGAAUACCAUGGCGUUUUAUCCAAAGCUGACGACGUGAAGGACAAAGAUACAAACUACACAUAUUUCUUUGACUUUAAUGGUGUCAAGUACUGCUUUGAUGCCUCAGAGGAACCAAAACUGUAUCAACCGUCGUUAGGACGGCUAGUAAAUCAUGCAGACAAAAAAACAACAGAGAAAUUCAAGAAUAACAGUCAUUGGUGCGAAUGGGGUUCCUCAUCUUGUACUGUUUGCGACUAGAUUUGACUUGUAAUGAAAACUUCGACAAUGGGUCAGUUCAGUCUCCUGUAGAACGCAGGACGUGUGAAUACCAAAGGAAGGUCUGUAGUUCGAUUGGUCAUGAGAACAACAACAACAGUGGUGUAACAUCGGCUUCCAAACGCAAAGCAGAAUUUCCAGUACAAACAGGCAAAAAGAUCAAGGUCGUUUCUUGGACAGAGGAGCAGUUAGAGGUCAUGCAAAGGUCAUUCGCCAAAAUUCUCCGCUGCUUAAGAGUUCCUAACAAGGAGGAAUGCGAACAGGCAAGGAAAAAUGAGAGCCUGUUGCUUUCUCGUGACUGGAAGAUCAUCAAAUUCCGUGUCCAUCAUGAAAUACAGAUUAAAGAAAAAAAUGAAGUCAGUCUGAAAAAAAAAAUUAACAGAAAAAGAAACAUACGUUAAACUUGCAAUGAAAUCUUACAGACAUACAUUUUCAAAAUGUAAAAAUGUUUAUGUGUGUUUUCUUUUACAUAAAGUCCCAGACACUCGUUGAUGUAAAGUAUUGUUUUUGCUGGAUGUCCAUGUUAAGAGGUUAUGAAAUAUCGACAAAUUACUACCACGGGUUCGUUCAUGAAAAAAAUAAUAAAUUGACUAAAAUAAAGUAUUGUAGUUCUUCUACUGAGGUUGUCGUUCUUAAUGAAAGCUAUACCUCCCAAACAAUUCAU